AUGGCAGGGAAAUAUUUAUUUUAUUUUUUUUUAUUAUUUUGUAUUAAUAUAUUUGUUAUAACAAAUGAAUAUAAUUGUACAAAAGAUGAAAUUGAAUAUCAAUUUACAAAAUGUAACUCAAAAGAUGAACGAUGGAGAAUAGCUUUGCCAAAAAAUCCUAAUAUUUUAUGCUCAAAUUUACCAAAACCUAUUGGAGGAAUAAGUUGUAAUUUUUAUUGUAAUAGUGGUCAUUAUUUAUCAAUGGAAACAUUAAAAUGUGAAAAAUGUAAACCAGGAACAUAUUCAUUAAGAAAUGGGGCACGUUAUGAGUAUUUUGAUAAAGGAUUACCAAGUGAAUUUACUGUAGAAAAUUAUAAAAAUAAUGAAUUUUCAACUUUUUUUUCACAAACAUCACAACAAUCAACUUUAGAAUGUAGUAAUGGAUGGAUUAUUCAAAAUGGUGGUUUAAGAUAUAUACCAUCAAGAUGUAUCUCAAAAUUAACAAUAAAUGUUCAUGUUAUUAAAAAUGGUUAUAUUGAAAUUAUAUAUAAAAUGCCACGUAAUUCUAGAGGACUUAUAUCAACAAUUGAUGUUAAAGAUGAACAAUGUAAAAGAUAUCAAGAUUUAAGUAGUUAUUUUUCAAAAUAUAUUAAAAAUGAUAAUAAUGAUGAUACUUUAAUUAAAGGAAAUGAUAUAAUAAAAACUAAAAAAUUAAAUUUAAGAGAAGGACAAAAUUCAAUAACAUGGACAAUAACUAAUAAUAUUGAAAUGACAACAUUAGCUGAUGUAAUUUAUGUUUUAAAAAUUGAUAUAAUAGGAAUAGCCUAUACAACAACAUGUACUCCUUGUCCACCUGGUACUUUUUCUGAAAUAGAUGGUUCUACAAAAUGUGAUAUUUGUCCAGAAAAUACAUAUAGUGAAUAUAGAUCAUAUAAAUGUAAUUUAUGUCCUUAUGGUACAUAUUCAUUAGGAAAAAGUUAUAUAUGUUUAAAAAAACCUCCAUGUACAAAUAUGGAUUUUCAUGAAAAAAGAAGUGAAACAUGUUUUGAAAAAAAUGGUUAUACAAUAAAAUUUGAAGAAACAAAUCCAAAAAUAUGUUCAGGUGGAGUAGACAAUAUAUUUGAAAGACAUUUAUAUAAUUGUCCAAAAUGUCCUUUAGGCAUGAUAAGAAAUGUUGAUAAUGGAAAAUGUGAAUAUUGUAAAAGAGGAACUUAUUCAUCUAAUGGUAUUUCAUGUUCUAAAUGCCCUAAAAAUUAUGCUCCAAGAUAUGGGCAAUAUAUAACAAGAUGGGAUGUUAUUCCUGAUAACAUAGAGACAUCAUGUGAAUAUAAUUAUGGAAAUAUUCAAAAAAAAUGUUUAUUUGAAGAAUCAUGGAUACCUUCAGGUGAUUAUUUUGAAACUCUUAAGACACGUGAUACUGGUAUUGUUUUUGAAUUUUCUAUUAAAAUUUCAUCUUUUAAUAAUCCAUUAUUACAACCAACAGAUUUUGGUACAAAUGAAAAUCCAAUUGCUGAGAUAUCUUUUGAUUUACAACUUAAUUGUCUUUAUGAAAAUUGUAUAUUUUAUUUUGUUGAAGAAGCUCCACAAUUAUCAUCAUACUAUAAAAUAAUUGCAACAUUUGAUGGAACAUUUAAAAGGUCCAUAUUUAAACAUCCUAUAUUAGGAACAAAAGAACGACAAUUUUUAUUUGCUUUUAUGAGAAGUACAUCAAAUACAGAUAAUGAUUCUUUAACAGAUUAUGCAAGAAUAUAUUCAUUAAAUAUAACUAAUGUUGGUAAUAAAAAUGGUGCAUAUGAAUGCUUUCCUUGUUCAAAAGUUAAUUUAGAUGGUGACUGUGAAAGUUGUCCUCCUGGUCAUUUUGUAAAUAUAAAUACAACAUCAUGUGUAUCUUGUCCCCAAGGAACAUUAUUAAAUUCAUCUGCACACAAUAUUGAAAAUGCAUGUAUUAAAUGUCCAGAAAAUAUGAUAUCAGAAAAUUUUAAAACAUGCAAAUUUAAUAACCAGUUAAAAUUUAAAAAUAAUACUAUAACAUUAGAUUUUAAACCACUUAAAUCAAAAAUAUUAAAUACAACUGGUGUUAAAAUAUUUACAAAAGAUGGACAUUCAUAUUAUCAUUUUUAUAAUGUUUCAUUAGGUGAUAAAAAUAUUAACUGUAGAGAUAUUAAUACUUAUGAUAUAUUUUUAAAUAAUCAAAAAAAUGAUGAAAAAAUUGGAGAUAAUAAUAAAGAUUUAAAUGAAUUUUAUUUUAAUAUUAUUGAAAAUGUUGCUGUAUGUAGAAAAACUGCUUUUCUUCUUUCAAAUACUCAUAUUGAGAAUAAUAAAACUAAUACUAAUAUAACUGAACAAGAUGAUAUUAUUGAAUUUACUUCACCAUUUAUAUUAGGAGAAAAAAUUGAAAUGAUUACACAAGACAGAAAAUAUAAACAUAUUUAUUUAUCUGAUGCAAUUCUUGAAUAUUCUAAUGAAAAUGACACUUUAAAUUUUAUUGAUACUCAUAUAUUUUUUUCACCAGUUAAUUUUAAUUCAAAAACAUGUAUAAAUGGAACGAUGACUGUUAUCACAGCACGUUGUUCAUUAGGAACAACAACAGAAUCAUUAUUACGUUUAUCCAAAAAUUGCCCUGAUGGUACAUGUGAUGGUUGUUUAUAUCAUAUGAUAUUAGAAACAAAAUAUGCUUGCCCUUUAUGUGAUGUUAAUGAUUAUCAAGAAAUAAAAGGUGAAUGUAUAAAUGGAAAACAAACAAUUCAUUAUAUACCAUCAAAACAUUGUAUUUUAAGUGGAAUUAAGACAACAAAAACUCUUUCAUUUUGUUCAAAUUUAUCAAAUGAAAUUAAAAUAACAAUAUUUAUUAUUGUUAUUUUAGUUAUUUUUUUAAUUAUUUUAGUUUAUUUUAUGUAUAGAAAAGGAAAAAGUAUUGAAUAUAAAUAUAUUCGGUUAAAAGAAGAAAAAUCAGGUCAUGGCGGAUUUGAAUUACCAAUGGCAGAAUCAUGUGGUUUAGAUGAAGAUGAUGAUGAUGACGAUGAUGAACAAGAUAAUAUAGAAAAUAACAAACAAAAAAAAGGAUCAUUAAUUGAAAAAGUUUUUUUUAAAGGAAAAAAAUUUAACAAUGAUAAAAAUAGAGAAAUUGUUCAAAUAGGAGAUUUUGAGUCAAAUAAUUUAGCAUUUGAUGAAAAAGAUAUUGAAGAUGAUGAAAUGUAUAAUAAUAUUUCUCUUGAUGAAAAAGAAACUUUUUUGAAUUAA